AUGCAGAUCAAAGACGGCGCCUCAUACGCCGCACUUGAGUACGCGAAAUGGGCGAAGGAGAACCCGGACAAGGCCAGCAAGUUACCUAUUGUAGUCGUGCCCUCUGCCAUUGUUUACACGAACAAGUCGAAGUACCGUAGUUCCGUCAUCGUGCACUAUGGCAACCCCAUCUCAAUGGACCCUUACAUGGAGCAAUUCCUCUCGCCGGAAGAAGGACAAGCUCGUCUAGCCGCUAAGAGGCUGACACAGAAGAUCGAGGCUGAACUUGUUGAGAAGACAUUGAAUGCUCCAGACUGGGAUACACUAUACGCGGCGCGUAUGGCACGCGAUCUCCUUUGGCCAGACGAGUCGAGCUUGGCCCUCGAGAACUACGUCCCUGUGUCACAAACCUUGGUCGACUUGUUUGCGACGCCGGACGUUACCACCGACUUCAAGAAUGUCAAGCGCGCUCUUCUCGAGUACUAUGCUCUUCUGCAGUCUACAUAUCUCACCAAUGCUGUUUUGGCGUCGCUACCCCUUCCCAGCACCCUCGAUCCGAGCCGCCCUGUCCCUCUGCCCGGUCGCCUUAAGACCCUACUCGUUCUGAUCCGCGACACUAUAUCCAGCCUCGCUCUACUCCCAUUCUUCGUGCUGCCCCUCUUCAUACAUGCUCCGGCAUACGUCAUGGGUUGCCUGGGAGCCCGCUCGGUCGAGGAUGAGGAAGAGACGCAGGCACAGAACAAGGUGAUCUUUGGCUUGUUCUGCGUUCUACUGGCCUAUCCCACCGCUUUUGUCCUUCUAUGGGCAUUCCUGUACUACUCCCCCAUCGGUGCCUUGAUCUCACUGGGCCUUGUCUCGUUAUCAGCAUACUAUCACACUAUGCUCGUGAAGGACGCGUACAUGCGCGCGAGACGUAUACAGGCCACCUGGCGCGUCCUCUUGGGCAUCUGGGCCCCGAAGCGCUGGGAAUACUUCAUCACCGCACUACAGCAGUACACCACAACCCCCAAGCCCCCGCCCAACCCAUGGGUCAACAAGGGUACCUCCACGCCAACCGAAGCGCCGAAGGUCGAAGUGACGACGAGCACGAUGCAUAGCGGCGUGCCCCACGAGCCACCAGUGAAAUCACGCCGCAGGCGCCCGCGCUCUGGCCGUGUGAUGCGCCACGUUCUGCGCGCUCGCGCGGAAGCUGCAUCUGCUCUCACAGCUUUCUUCGGUACACUCAAGCGCUCUCCGGCCGUGCGUGUGCGCGCAUCCGCACAUCUAGCCCGUGCGUACGGUAGCACCGUAGACGAUGCACCUAUCGAGGACGCGCCCGAUGCAGUCGCGCCGACGCCUGGUCCGACGGGAUGGCGUAGCGCGAAGGAGGUCGUCGCAUUCCUGCGUGGACACGGGGCGAAAGUGGCAAACCUGUCUCAUGGGAUUGAGGCUGAUUGGGCGCUGCUCAACUCGGACGGAGAGCUCUCGAGCACCGACUUGUUGUACGAUAGUGAUUCGGCUUCGAACAAGUAG